AGAGCUAAAUUGAACAAAUUUUAUUAAAGUUACAUGUCUCAUCGGUGCGUGUGGAUCUCGGGAAGACUCCAAACUGGAAUCGGAGUGGAACUCCUGCAAGGGAAAAAGAGGGAAGAACAUAAACUACUUUUCUCUCUCGAUUAUCAGUCCAUAAACACACAAUCGGUUAACCAUCAAUCCCUUCUUCCAGUUUCAAUUUUGGGGGAGAAGAGGGUUGAAAUCAACGAUAACAACGGAGAAGAAGCAAAGACGACGGAUAUGAAGAGGAGUAAUCGUAUUACAUCCUCUAUUUUUCCCACAUUAAUAGUGAUCUAUGGCGUUCUCUUCUUCAUCCUGUCGCCAACAGCAAGCGCAGCUGGAUCUCUCACCUCCUGCAAUAACACGUCUGUCCCAGUAAAGAUCAAAAUUUGGGUUAAUGGUGUUGAAGGACAAACAUUAGAGGGUCAAAGUGCAACGUUCAGUGCGAAAAUUCCCAAAACGGCCGAUGAACAGGCUAAACAGUCUGCUGUAUUGCCAAAUCCAUCAAAUUGCUGUUCCAGUUUGUCCUCACAGCAGUUAUCCGGCUCUACCGCUUUGGCCCCCCGUGGUGAUUGUGACUACCUGACCAAAGCAAAAAUGGCACAGUCUGGAGACGCAGCAGGGUUGGUGGUCAUAAGUGAUACUGAAGAUAUAGUGGAGAUGAGUUGCUCUGAAGAAACUGCCUUGGACAUAAGUAUUCCUGUUGUGAUGGUCUCAAAGCUUGGAGGAGAGGCUUUGAACAAAUCUCUACUAGGAGGAGGCACUGUUGAACUUCUAUUAUAUGCACCGGAGAGCCCAAUCAUUGACCCUGCAGCGGCCUUUUUAUGGUUGAUGGCAGUUGCAACAGUAGUCUGUGCUUCACUUUGGCCUGAAAUCACCAAAAUUGAGGAAAGCAAUGAGCGCUACGACGAGCUUUCGCCAAAGCCAAAUCGCAAAGAUGACGAGGAGAAUGAAAUUAUUGAGAUGAGUACAAUGAGCGCUGUAAUAUUCGUCAUUACAGCAUCAACCUUUUUGGUGCUGCUCUAUCUCUUUAUGUCAUCUUGGUUUAUCUGGGUGCUGAUUGUAUUUUUCUGCAUUGGGGCUGUCGAGGGAAUGCAUACUUGUAUAGUCUCACUGAUCAAAAGCAAAUGUAAAAGUUGUGGUCAAAAGACAGUGAAGGUGCCACUUUUUGGGACAACUACUGUUAUGUCUCUACUGGUGCUUCUAUUUUGUGUGGCAUUUGCAACUUUCUGGGUAUGCACUCGGAAGGAAUCAUAUGCUUGGGUUGGUCAAGACAUUCUAGGUGUCUUUUUGAUAAUAGCAGUUUUGCAAUUAGCACAAAUACCCAAUAUCAAGGUUGCUACUGUGCUUCUUUGUUGUGCAUUUAUGUAUGACAUCUUCUGGGUUUUCAUAUCACCUCUUUUCUUCCAUGACAGCGUUAUGAUUUCAGUUGCUAAAGGUGAUAGCAGCAGUGGAGAAUCAAUUCCUAUGGUUCUGAGGUUCCCACGACUCUCUGAUCCUUGGGGUGGAUACGGAGUGUUGGGUUUUGGGGAUAUUCUUUUCCCAGGCCUACUUCUCUCAUUUACUGUUAGGUAUGACAAAGCAAAAAAGAGGACUUGGAAGGAUGGAUAUUUUCUGUGGUUGGCAGUUGGUUAUGCAUGUGGCCUCUUGUUAACAUACUUGGGAUUGUACUUGAUGGAUGGGCAUGGCCAACCUGCUCUGCUCUAUCUUGUUCCUUGUACGUUAGGAACUUGUAUCGUACUGGGUGUAGUGAGAGGCGAGAUGAAAGAACUUUGGACUUAUAACGCAACUGAAUCAAAGCAAACCUUUGGAGAAGAAUCAGCUUGAUUAGAAUCCUAUUUACUUUAUCUCAUUGUUGCAAAGCAAAGUAUUAACUUCCGUUCCUACGCUUCAUAUGCAUGUAGAUAGAUCUUGUGCACCAAACUCAAGAUCUAACUAGUACUACUGGUGCUAUUAAAAUCAAAUUUGCAAAUACACUUACAUGUCCUACUUUCGGGCCUAAGCCCAUACUAUUUGUUCUGCCAUACUUUACGUGAGCUUUACUUCUUGAGUA